AAUAUCAUUAAUAUAAGUAACAACAAAAUAUCAAAUUUUAAUUUAAAAUUAUAAUAACCUACAUAAAAAUGCAUCAUUGUAUUAAUUUCAAGGACUUCAAUAAAAAAACUGAAAACUAACAAAGUUUCGAUAAAAAUAUUAAUAAAUAGGUUUCGCAUCUAAAGUCACCCAUUAAGUUAUUACGGGAUCACUCUAACAAAGUAAUAAAAAAUGAGUGCUAAGUGAGUGAGAUAAAUAGGACAUUUGGUAUGCAUACCCUGUCAUUAAAAAGGAAAUUCACAAUUGGCAAUUUGUGGAAAUUUUGUUUAUAUCUGAAACACUUGCCACGUAUCUAUUUGUAUUUAGUCUUGGGCUAGUUUCGCUUUUUAAUAGUCUUGUUGAGAUGUAUACAUUUGAAUUUAAUUUUUACUAAUAUAAUUACUGAUUGAUAAAUAAUAAGUAAAAAAACGUGUUACGUGUUAUACCAUUUUAUGUGUUAUAAUAUAAAUAUGCGAUAUGAUUGAUAUGUCAUAUUUUAAAGUAUAUCAAUUAAAAAUACGUAUUUAUUUUAUAAUUUAAUGAAAUUGUAACAUCAUGUGCCUCUCCUCUGAAAACAAGAUAAAUAUCUCUUUAGAUCAUGGCCCAAAAUAGCAAAAAACAAGAAAUAGUAUCAAACAAAAUAACUUGGCAUUGACAAAAAAAAUCAUAAAAUAUCUACGGAUGAGUGAUAUUUUUAUUAAUAUCUUUGUUUCUUUUGUAAAAGACCUAUAAAUACUCAAAAUAAAACACAUAAAACACCUUUCGAUCAGAUGGUAUAAAAUCAAGAAUAUACUUCCCCUACAAUUUAAAAUCCGCAAUGUUACAUUUGCACCAUACCCAUUUUAUUCUCAAUAUUUUGAGAAACAUAUUAUCUUGAUUGGCAAUUACUUAGCCCCUAAACCCUCGGCCAUGUUUGAUUAGUCAGGUCUUCAACAACGUUCAUUCUUCAAGUACCCAAAUUACUUGUAUUUGGGACAACAGUGUGAAUUACAUUUAAAAAAAACCCAAAUAGUAUAUCAAACAAACCACGUUCUCACCUGGGAUAUUGGGGGAUUUAGUCUUAAUGCCAACGGAAAAAUCGAAGCUUCUGUUGAUAUUUUUUUUAGCAAAAUAAAGGUUCCUCUUGAUAUUUAAUUUGUCUCAUCGGAUGGCAAAACCCUAAAACGUCCUCACCGAAGUCAUCGAUCAUCUAGAAGUCAAGAACCUUUGGCUUCGGACGCGUGUACUUGUUGUGGGAAAGCACUCCUGCACAUAACUUAUUAAAAAUAGUCCAAACUCCAAACCCUAUAUAUAAUACACAACUCUUCCUCCAUUUCCACCAACAACUUCCUCCAUUUUUAAGUUUCAUUCAAGGAAACAAACCCACAAAAACUUUCUACCCAUUUUCAUAUCACAAAAGAAACAGAUAUUAAUAUGGCUGAGAAAACCAACCAGGGCUAUCCCUUGGCACCAGCAAAUGGUUACACAAGAAGUGAUGCGGAGUCUUUGCAAUCAGCCGAUGAGCUGAAACGCAAGAAGAGAAUCAAGUUGGCCAUUUAUAUUGGUAUUUUCAUUGUGUUUCAGAUCAUGGUCAUAACUGCGUUGAGUCUCACUGUUAUGAAAGUUAAGACCCCAAAGGUCAGACUAGGUGGCAUCAAUGUCCAAAGCCUCAACUCUGUCCCAACAACAGCUUCAUUCGACACUAAAUUCACAACGCAAAUCAAAGUCAAGAACACAAAUUUUGGUCCAUACAAGUAUGAUGCUGCAAUCAUCACGUUUUUGUACCAAGGCGCGAUUGUCGGGCAAGUUUCAAUUCCUAAGAGCAAGGCUGGGAUGCUUUCCACCAAAAACGUUGACGUCGAGGUGAGCUUGAGUUCAAGUGCAUUGAGCAGUUCCAGUCUUGGCAGUGAAUUGAGCAGCGGGGUAUUGACACUCAAUAGCGCGGCUAUGUUGACUGGAAAGGUUGAAUUGAUGUUUAUCAUGAAGAAGAAGAAGUCUUCUACCAUGGACUGCACCAUUGCAUUUGAUCUGUCAUCCAAGACGCUACAAAGUUUAAAAUGCAAGUGAAAACAGACCAAGAUUAUUUCUUUGUACUCGUUUUAAAUUUCUGUGCAAAUUUAUUUUUAUAUUUGUUGCCUUCUAAUUAAUUUUGUUGGUAUAUAUAUACUUCCUGACCGCAAUUUUUGCAUUGCGCCUUUUUUUAUAUACAGAUUGGCAGUGUUGAUUACUCU